UUCGGCUCGCUGGGUUACUGUAGUCCCGUCUGCGUUCUAGAACGGAUGGUCAUGAUGAUGGAGCGCGGCGCGUGGAGUGUUCCGUUGGUUCUGCUGCUUCUGGGAUGUAACGUCCUCAGCCACGUUCUGGCCCAGGAGGUGGGGGUGUCUGAGUCGUGGACUAGCCGGGCCUGUAAGUGUGACUGUGAGGGGGGGGAGUCUCCUACUGAGUUCACCUCCUACGGUUCCUCCUCUCUGGUCCGCGGACAGGACUGUAUGCCAGAGUGUCCGUAUCACAAGCCUCUUGGAUUCGAGGCUGGUUCUGUGAGUACCGACCAGAUCUCCUGUUCGAACCAGGACCAGUAUUCUGGUUGGUUCUCCUCUUGGACACCUGGCAAGGCCCGCCUCAACAGCCAGGGCUUCGGGUGUGCGUGGCUGUCUAAGUUCCAGGACAGCAGCCAGUGGCUCCAGGUGGACCUGAGGGAAGUGAAGGUGGUGUCGGGCAUCCUCACCCAGGGACGCUGCGAUGCGGAGGAGUGGAUCACCAAGUUCAGCGUCCAGUACCGCUCAGACGAGAAGCUCAACUGGGUCUACUACAAGGACCAGACCGGCAACAAUCGGGUGUUCUACGGGAACUCCGACCGCUCGUCCUCCGUGCAGAACCUGCUGCGCCCGCCCAUCGUGGCGCGCUACAUCCGCCUGCUACCGCUGGGCUGGCACACACGCAUCGCCUUGCGCCUGGAGCUGCUGCUCUGCAUGACCAAGUGCAGCUAAACCCUGAGCCCUGACUUCGCCCCCCCCCCCCCCCCC